UACUGCUUUGAAAGAAAGGGUACUUCCGGUUGAAAACACGUGGUUAGACAACAAACACACACUUCGGCGACUAACGAAAUAUUAACAUGGGCAAGGAUAAGAAAGAAAAGCGCAAGUCAGAGGGAGGCGAAGACGAAGAGAGAGAAGACUCGUGGGAUGAAAAGAUCCGCUAUUUAUGUCCGAUAGCUGCACCUCUAGCAUCUCGUAAACUGACAAAGCGUUUGUACAAGACGGCAAAGAAAGCUUACAAGCAGCCAAAACAUCUCGUACAAGGAGUCCGGGAAGUACAGAAGGCAAUCCGCAAAGGCGAGAAAGGCCUUGUGGUGAUAGCUGGCAAUGUGAGCCCAGUGGAGGUGAUCUGCCAUGUGCCGCUCAUGUGUGAGGAGGCCAACAUCCCCUACUGCUACGUCCCCUCAAAGGAGGACCUUGGUUCGGCCCUCAACUCCCACCGCCAGCUCUGCAUGGUGCUGAUCAAACCUCACGAGGACUACGAGGACACGUAUGAGGAGUGCUUCGGAAGCGUCAAGGACCUCCCAGCUCCCAUGUGAAACACAACUGAAAUUGACAUGACACUCAUUGUGGUUUGGGAGGAAUUGUCUCCCAACAAGGAACAGACCUGCAUCCAUGGAAUGCAGAUAUUGCACACUUGUAUGGAUGAAGGCUAUGGUUAUUGAAUGGUUUGGUAAGAAUAGGAGAGGAAUAAAUGAAAGGCUGGUCAUUUGACAUACUCUUUUGAGUUUCAAGUUUCACAUGUUUUGCCGAGGCUAGAGACUCAGAUGUUUACAUGGCUUUUGUAUUAGGAACUGUAUUACUCAUUGGCUUGUCAUUUUGAGCCGAUUUGUGUAACUUGGGUGUAACAUUUUUCUAUCAAUGGCAUCGUGGACAGGUCAAGUUCCUGUAACCUGAGUAGUAGUGGAUUCAGGAUCCGUUUUGAUGAGAAAUAUUUUUGAAAUUAAUAGAAUGGAUUAAUCUGGCCAGGUGAAUGUAUGAUCUGAGUAAUAAGUAAAGUUUGCCAGCCUGUGAAAUUCACACAAGCACUCUAGCCCAAGACAACUAAUUGUAAUGAGGACAGGUUAAAAUCCAGAAAACCAGGGAUGUUAGUCCUCGUAGAUUAGUAGCAUUUGAGAGCUAUAGUUCUGAACCAGUUCUCAAUGCUUCAAUGUUGCUGCAAAUUGGAAUUGAAGAAAACUGAUAGAAAACAUAAAUAUAGUAAACAUUUUUGUCUUGUUAAAAGACUAGCAACAAACUGGGAGGACUUUGAGAUAAGGUUACACCAAAGUAGACACAAUUUAUGGAGAGAUUUUUUAUUACUGUAAAGACGUCGUUUCGGUAUAAAUCGUUAUACCGUUGUCAAGCUCCAGACUUGAUUAUUUGCAGACCGCCGUCAUAUAGCUUGAAUAUUGCUGAGUGCUGAGGUAACAACAAACAAACAAAACAAAAGCCGUUGUCAAGCAAGUAAUGCCUAUCAAACAAUUCAAGGUUACACCAUUCGUGAAAAUUGUAUAAGUCUGUUUGCCUCAUGAUGUUUUAUUCAGCACAAUAUAUAUACAAUCACCCAGUUCAUGUGCAUCAUGUCCCACAAACAUAUUGUCAGAUUUCUGUUAUUGCAAGUUAUGCAUUCUUAUUGUCAGACAUUUAGCCAUAAAGAAUCAGAUAUAAGUACUGGUUAAAAUGGUUAAUGGAUACGUCUGGUGGAGAUAUAUUUCUUAGGUUUCAUAAAUCAUGACAAUGCAUUUAAACAUGUAAGGACUCAUUUUAUAACUGUAAUGUUGAUGUUAUGUAUAUGCUACAUAUAAUUUUGUUCGCCAUUAAAAUAUAUUGUGUGUAACAGUUAA